AUGGACAUGGGCAAGAAACCCUCCCGCAAGACGCUCACGGAUGCCCGAGACAUGGUGGUUCGCAUGACGCACCGUGGCGCCAAGCAAGCGCACGAGGAUGACGGCGACGGCGUGGGGAUCAUGAUCUCUAUCCCCGACGAAUACUACCGAACCUGCUGCACCUUUACCUUGCCUGAAGCCGGCAGCUAUGGCGUCGGAAACCUCUUCAUGCCGCCCCAGGAGGAGAAGCGAGAGGACUCCAAAAAGCUCGUCGAGCGCAUGGCGCGCAAGUUGGGGCUCCAGGUCAUCGGCUGGAGGGCACCGCUACCCGUCAAUUCCCUUGUUCUGGGCCCGUACGCCCGGACGACGGAACCCUUCAUCGCUCAAGUUUACGUGACGCUUGCAGAGGAGGAUGCGCCAGACUCCGCCGCAGAGGAGAAGCUCAGCAAGUCAAACACCGGCAAGAAGACAGGUCCGGCCAAGAUCUCUUCGCAACAGUUCGAAGGUCUCAACCUGGAGACGCGCCUCUUCCUCCUCCGCCGCGCCGUCGCGCUGCGCGACCGCGAGGUCUUUGUGUGCUCCCUUUCUUCCCGCACGAUUGUGUACAAGGGCCAGUUCAAGCCCGACCAACUUUUCGAGUACUACUUGGACCUCAAGGCGGAGAAGUGCACAGCCUUCUUGGCAAUCGUGCACUCGCGUUUCUCGACGAACUCCUUCCCAUCUUGGAACCGUGCCCACCCUUUCCGACGCAUUGCCCACAACGGGGAGAUCAACACUCUGGCAGGCAAUCGCAACUCUAUCCGCACCCGGGAGGCAUUGAUGAACGACACCACAGCCUUCGGCGGGGCGCAGCUGGAUGCUUUCUUCCCCGUGGACGAGGACAUCGGCAGCGACUCGGCGUUGCUGGACAACGUCGUAGAGCUCCUGCUAGCCGCAGGCACCCGCGAGCUCGCAGAGGUUAUCAUGAUGGUGAUCCCGGAAGCUUGGCAAAAUGCCGACCGCAUGGAGCCGGAGAAGAAAGCUUUCUACAAGUACCUGUCCUGCGUCAUGGAGCCUUGGGAUGGCCCGGCCUUGGUUUGCUUCACCGAUGGUAUCCAGUUCGGCGCCACGCUGGAUCGAAACGGCCUCCGUCCAGGCCGCUUCUACAUCACCAAGGACAAGCGGCUCAUUCUCGCCUCCGAGGUCGGAGUCGUGGAUGUCCCGCAGGAGGAGGUGCAGUUCAAAGGACGCCUGCGUCCAGGCCGCAUGCUCUUGGUGGACUUCAGCGAGGGGAAGCUCAUCGAGGAUAACGAGCUGAAGAUGCGCUACGCGAAGAAGCAGCCCUACGCUGACUUCUUGAAGACUCACAGCAUCGAGAUCAAGGACCGAUUGGGUCCGGAGCCCAAGACGGACGCGGCGCUGAUCGAGGAGCUGCUCGACGAGGAGCCAGGCAGCUUCGAUGCCUCGGACACGACUCUGGUGAACAAAAGGGUGCUGCCUUUGCUCACCUACACCGGCUACACCUACGAGAAGGUUGAGAUGCUCUUGGCUCCCAUGGUGAAGACCGGUGCGGAGCCCUUGGGCUCCAUGGGCUCCGAUGUGGCACUGGCCUGUAUGUCGCGGAUGCCUCGCCAGCCUUUCGACUACUUCUUCCAGCUCUUUGCGCAGGCCACGAAUCCACCGAUUGACCCGAUCCGUGAGGCAAACGUGAUGUCCCUGACAUGCCCAGUGGGCCCGGAGCGGGGGCUCCUCCAACCCUCCCCGGAGGCCUGCCGCCGCGUCUUCCUGGACUCCCCGAUCCUCUGCCCGCGCCGCUACAACGCUCUCUUCGGUCUCGAGGCCGACGGUAUGCCUGCCGUCGUGCUGGACAUGACCUACGGCCUCAGCGAGACGAAGUCGCGAGCCAGGCAGGCGGACCGCGCGACCCGAGGGAACAACCUGCUGAAGGAGCGCCUGGAGCAGAUCUGCAAGGAGGCCGAAGCCGCGAUUCUGGGCGACGGCGCCGCCAUCCUCGUCCUGUCGCACCGCCGCGCGAGCCAAAGUCGCGUUCCGGUCAGCUCGCUCCUCGCCGUCGGUGCCGUGCAUCAGGACCUCAUUGCCAAGAAGCUCCGUGCGAAGGUUGCCUUGGUCGUGGAAGGAGCGGAUGCGCAUGAGAUCCAUCACUUCUGCUGCCUCCUUGGCUUCGGCUGCGAUGCCAUCUACCCCUACCUUUGCUACCUCAGCCUCCUCCGCGUCCGGGGGACCGACCUCCCGCUGAACCAGCGCAUCGAGAACUUCCGGAAAGCUUCUGACGGAGGUAUCCUGAAGGUUAUGAGCAAGAUGGGCAUCUCCUGUCUGCAAAGCUACAAGGGCGCACAGCUCUUCCAGGCGGUGGGCAUGGACAAGGAAGUCAUCGCCAAGUGCUUCACCGGCUGCAAGUUUGUGCUCAACGGCGCAGGUUUCAACAUCUUCGAGAUGGAUGCGAUGGAGUUGCACAAGAUGGCCUUCCCCGACCGGCCUCAGCCGCCUCUGGUCGAUACCGAGGUAGAGGAGUUGGAGGACUUCGGGGAGUAUCACUUCCGCAGCAUCCAUGAGACGGAGAUCCACAUGAACACGCCCGACGUCAUCUACAAGAUGCAGGAGGCAGCACGCUCCAACUCCACCGAGGCCUACAAGAUGUUCUCCACCUGGCAGAACAAGAUCACCGAGCAGACGGAGAUCCGAGGGCAGCUCGAAUUCCUGUCUGAGGAGUGCGAUCCGCUUGACAUCUCUGAGGUGGAGCCUGCGGUCGAGAUCGUGAAGCGUUUCUGCACCGGCGCCGCCUCCUUCGGCUCUAUCUCUGAUGAGGCCCACCGUGCCAUGGCCGUUGCAAUGAACCGCGUGGGCGGCAAAAGCAACACCGGCGAGGGUGGCGAGGACCCGAUGCGCUUCACGCAGCUUGAGAAGGGCGAGUUCGUGGCCGGGGGAGCCACCUGGGACAUCGUGAACGGCGACUCCUUCCGCUCGAAGAUUAAGCAGGUCGCCUCCGGACGCUUUGGAGUUACGGCAGAGUAUCUUGCCAAUGCCGAGGAGUUGCAGAUCAAGUUGGCGCAGGGUGCCAAGCCGGGUGAAGGAGGUGAGCUGCCAGGCUACAAGGUGAUCGGAAAGAUUGCCGAAACUCGCAAGGCAACCCCCGGCGUGGGCUUGAUCUCUCCGCCUCCACACCACGACAUGUACUCCAUCGAAGAUGUGGCCCAGUUGAUCAAGGAUCUGAAGAACGCCAAUCCGGCAGCACGCAUCUCCGUGAAGCUCGUGGCUCGACUUGGCAUUGGCGUCAUCGCCUCCGGCGUCGUCAAGGGCAAGGCCGACCACCUGACAAUCUCGGGCAUGUCGGGCGGUACUGGCGCGGCGAAGUGGGGCUCCAUCAAGCACUGUGGGCUUCCGUGGGAGAUCGGUCUGGCCGAGACCCACCAAACCCUGGUCCUCAACGGCCUUCGCAACCGAGUGACCCUGCAAACCGACGGCCAGGUAAGAACAGGUCGGGAUGUGGUCAUCGCCGCCAUGCUGGGCGCCGAGGAAAUUGCCAUGACCACUGCUCCCCUCAUUACUUUGGGGUGCAUCAUGAUGAGGAAGUGCCACUUGAACACCUGCCCCGUGGGCGUGGCGACGCAGGACCCGGAACUGCGAAAGAAGUUCACAGGGCAGCCUGAGCACCUCAUCAACUACCUCUUCAUGGUCGCUGAGGAGGCGCGCGAGAUCAUGGCCUCUCUUGGCAUCAAGAAGUUCAACGACCUCAUCGGACGGACCGACCUCCUCCGACCCAAGGGAUAUCUCAAGGACAACCCGAAGACUGCGGAUCUGGAUUUCGCUGACCUCCUGAAGCCAGCCUGGACCAUGGAGAACUCGAUGAGCAACAUUGCAGAGCUCCCGAUGUACUGCUGCGAGCCACAAGACCAUGAGCUGGCCCAUGCCUUGGAUCAGAGCCUCAUCUCCCGGUGCUCGCCAGCGCUUCAGGACAAGGAGCAGGUCCACCUCAAGGGCAUCAACAUCAACAACGUGGACCGCUCCGUUGGAGGCAUCCUCAGCUUCGAGGUCAGCAAGAAGUACGGUGCCGCCGGCCUCCCCGAGGGAACCAUUCGCGUGUCCUUCAUUGGCAGCUCCGGACAAUCCUUUGGCAACUUCCUGGCUCCCGGUAUCACUUUCGAGCUCGAGGGCGACGCCAACGACUACAUCGGCAAGGGUCUCAGUGGCGGAACUCUGGUGGUGUACAAACCAAACCAGGCCCCGUAUGCCUCGCACGAUGCGAUCAUCGCGGGCAAUGCAGCGCUUUAUGGAGGCACGGCUGGCAAGGCCUUCUUCGCCGGGAUCGCCGCCGAGCGCUUUGCCGUGCGAAACUCCGGUGCCACCGCGGUUUGCGAGGGCGUCGGUGAUCAUGGAUGCGAGUACAUGACCCGUGGUACAGUGAUAGUUCUCGGACAGAUGGGAUCCAACUUUGCGGCAGGCAUGAGCGGAGGCAUCGCUUACAUCCUGGACAUGCAGGAGGCCCUCUGCAACAAGGCGAGCGUCCACCUUGAGGCGAUCGUCGAAGAGGAGGACAAGUCCCUGUUGAAGGAUCUCAUCACCGAGCACCAGAAGUACACCGGGAGCAAAGUCGCAUCAGAUCUCUUGGCUAAGUGGGCCGACUCCCUGAAACGCUUCACGAAGAUCUUCCCGAAGGAGUACAAGAAGGCGCUGCUGGCAGCGAAGGAGAAGUCGAAGUCGGAGGCACCGGUAAAGGCUGCAGCGAGUGCUCCGCCUCCUGCGCCUGGUACUGAUCUCGAGGAUGCGGCGGGAAAGCCGAUCUCCGUCGCCAGCCCCGAGAAGAGGCGCGGCUUCCACGAGUACGAGAGAAAGGCCCUCCCUUACCGUGACCACAAGGAUCGUAUCCUUGACUGGGAGGAGAUCUAUGCGUCCCAGUCCAAGAAGAGCCAACAGUGGCACAAUUGGAUGCAGACACAGACGGCUCGGUGCAUGGACUGCGGAACUCCCACAUGCCACAGCCCCAAUCAAGGUGGAGGUGGCUGUCCGCUGGGCAACCGCAUCCCCACAUGGAAUCAGCUGGUACAUGAGGGCGAGUGGAAGCGUGCCCUCGAGCGUUUGCUCGAUACCAACAACUUCCCCGAGUUCACAGGCACCACCUGCCCGGCGCCUUGCGAGGAAGCCUGCGUUCUGGGCAUCAACGAGAAGCCGGUCGCGAUUAAGACCACCGAGCUGUCCAUCAUCGAGUAUGGCUUCAGCAAGGGUUGGGUGAAGCCCCAGCCGCCGCUCCAGCGCACGGGACGCCGCAUCGCCAUCAUCGGCUCGGGUCCGGCUGGCCUCGCUGCGGCGCAGCAGCUGAACCGUGCGGGGCAUCUCGUGGAGGUGAUCGAGCGGGCUGACCGUCCCGGAGGUCUGCUGAUGUACGGCAUCCCCUCGAUGAAGCUGGACAAGAUCGACAAGGUCCUUCGCCGCAUCAAGCUCAUGCAGCAGGAGGGCAUCACCUUUAAGUGCAACACGGAGGUUGGCAAGGACGUGACCUUGAACGGCCUCUGCAGCCAGAACGAUGCGGUCAUCAUGGCCACCGGAGCGACCAUGUGGCGUGACAUGCGCAACGCGGACGGCCGUAACCUGAAGAACGUUGUGCAGGCCAUGGACUUCCUGACAGACACGCAGAAGAAGAACUUGGACAGCGAGAUGGGCCUGAAGAAUACCACCACCACAACCUACGAUGUGCAGGGCAAGCGCGUGGUGGUGAUCGGGGGUGGCGACACAGCUGUUGACUGCGUGGCCACUUCCAUCCGACUUGGCGCCAAGAGCGUCCUCCAGUUCUCCCGGCGUGACGCCGCGCCCAAGGACCGGCCGAAGCACACGCCAUGGCCCUGCUGGGCAGACACCUACCGUGUGGACUACGCCCACUCCGAGGGCGAGUCCACCUUGGGCCGUGACCCGCGCGAGUACAUGGUGCAGACCAAGAGCUUCCGCGCCUCCUCCCAGGAUCCCAGCGCAGUGGGUGCUGUGGUGGCAGCAAAGCUCAACCCAUCGGGCAAGGAGACCGGUACCGUGAACUACCCGGCCGAGCUCGUCGUCUUGGCCAUGGGCUUCACCGGACCGGACACUGCCAUCGAUCCACAGAACCAGCUCUCCCGAGAUUCGCACUCGAACUUUAAGGCCCAGUACGGCGAGUACCAGGCAGAGGCUUCCCCUUGGAGCAAUUUGUACGUUUGUGGCGACUGCCGCCGUGGUGCUUCCCUCGUCGUCACCGCCAUCGCAGAGGGUCGAGACUGCGCCGCCCGCGUGGACGCGCAGCUCAUGGGCAGCACCAGUCUGCCUCGUGCGGCUCCUCUGGCCGCGAACCCCACCUACUUCCAGAUGCCUCAGAAGGGGGCGGAGCCGAAGGGCCUCGUGAAGAGACACCUCCGAAAGCACCACUACGCCACGGCCGAGGUCACGGCCGCCUUCGAGCGAGGCCUCCUCGUCGACAACGCGAAGUCAGAGGAUGCAGAGCCCAACCCGGAGCCAGCCGGGAGUGGUUCGCCCCAGGCGGCUGCCCCAAGGGUCAGCGACACCGCGGGUGCGGCGGCGGCGGCGCAGUCACUGGUGGCCUUGAACGCCAUGCAGUCGCAAGUUAAGACGAUGUCCUUAGUCAUCGGAGGUCUCACUGUGCUUAAUGCCGGGCUUAUCUUCGCACUCAUGAGAAGCAAGCGCUGA